UUUCAUAAGUCAAGGUGGGCUAUGGUCCUUAUUAAUUAAACCAUCCAAUCAAACUACAUCUUGAAACUAAGGCAAUUUCCAUGAAAUUAACUGAUAUAAAUGCAGACAAGCCACAAUCUCAAGUAGACCUAAAAGAAUAUGGCGAGUCCCAUAUUCACAAUUCUUUCCCUCUUCAUCUUCUCUUGUUUUGUGUUAUCAACUCCAGCAACAUGUUCAAGCAACGAAACAGAUUUGGUUUCGUUGCUAUCAUUCAAAAAUACUGUAAAUGAUCCUCAGGGAGCUCUGAAUUCGUGGAAUGAAACCGCACACUUUUGCAAUUGGACGGGCGUCCGAUGUGGUGGUAAGCAUCCCGAUAGAGUUGUUGCAAUAAGUUUGAGCUCCGGGGGCUUAGUGGGACCCCUUUCGCUGUAACAUGUCCUUCCUUCGAAGCAUCAUUCUCCGAAAUAAUAGUUUUCAUGGUGAAAUGCCUCAAGAAAUUGGUCGUUUAAGGCGGCUUCAGCUUAUAGAAUUUAGCAAUAAUUCCUUUGUAGGUACAAUACCAAGAAAUCUCUCUCAAUGUCCGAAUCUUGUUUAUCUUAACUUGAUCGAUAACCUCUUAUCCGGACCCAUACCCCUAGAGAUCGGUUCUCUAUACAAGCUCCAAGCACUUGGCUUGGGGGACAACGAUCUCUCUGGCCCGAUCCCUACUUAGUCUAAGAUUUUGUAGGUUGACGGGAGAAAUUCCGGAAUCACUUACGCAACUCUAUAGUCUAACUUCUCUCAUCUUAGGUGAAAACAAUUUAACUGGUACAAUUCCUUCUGGUCUUUUCAAUAUUUCUACUCUCUAGAUAUUUGAAGUUCUCUAUAACCGACUUCAAGGAUCCAUACCCGAUACCGUUGGCCACAAUCUUCCAAAUUUGAAGGUUUUUCAGGUGGGGUAUAACAAACUCAGCGGAGCAAUUCCGGCGUUCCUCUCGAAUGCUUCUUCUCUUGAACAACUACAGCUUACGGACAACUUAUUUACCGGGCCGAUCCCAUCGCUUGGAAGGCUUUCGCGUCUUCGUGGAUUAUACAUAGCGUAUAAUCCCAUUAAAGAUGACAUAAACUUUAUUUCAUCGUUGACAAAUUGUACAAACUUGCAAAAGCUCAAUAUUUAUGAAAAUCCAUUGUUAGGUGGCUCACUUCCACAGUCGAUCGCCAACUUGUCUAGUCACUUAUUCGACCUAGUGAUGUCAAGAACCCAAGUACAUGGACAAAUUCCAUCAAGUAUAGGGAACCUUCUCGGCCUCACUCGUCUGGAGCUUUUUGACAAUAAUCUUGAGGGUCCUAUUCCUUCCAACAUGGGCAAACUUUCGAGUUUGCAAGAACUUAACUUGGGAGUAAAUAGAUUUUCGAACAUGUUACCCUCAUCACUAGGAAACAUGACAUUGUUGAAUUACUUGUACUUACAAGAAAACAAUUUUUCCGGCAGUUUACCUCAGAGUCUUAGAAAUUGCACCAACUUGCUAGACUUGGACUUGUCUCGCAACAAUUUCAGUGGUUUGAUACCUCCUGAAAUUGUAGGUCUUUCUUCCAUUUCCAUUUCACUUAAUCUUUCUUUCAAUGCCUUCACCGGUUCGAUUCCAAUUCAAAUUGGAUCAUUAUCAAGCCUAGAAAGCUUAGAUUUGUCUAACAAUAGAUUGUCUGCAGUUAUUCCGAGCUCUAUAAGUAAUUGCUUGGGCUUGCAACGACUUUUUCUGGACGGAAACUUGCUUCAAGGGGAAAUACCUCCAGGAUUAAGUGAUUUAAGAGGCCUGGUAGAGUUGGAUCUUUCAAGUAAUAAUUUGUCUGGACCAAUUCCAAGUUUCUUAGCCGAGCGACGUCUUCAGAGGUUGAACCUCUCAUACAAUAGGUUUCAUGGUGAGGUCCCAAGAACAGGCUUAUUUGGGAACAUGACAGCAAUUUCACUUGAUGGGAACAAAGAAUUGUGUGGAGGAAUUCCUGAGUUGAAUCUUCCUCCUUGCCCGUUGAUGACUUCCUCAAAGAAAAACUCAUCAAGCUUACGGAAAGUAUUGAUCCCAGUCGCCAUCUCUGGAGGUGUAUUCGUUGCAUUUUUAGUGUGCCUCGUCCUGGUUCUUUACAGGCGUAGACGGCACAAAAAGAAUGUGCCUUCUGUAGAAUCAUUAGUUGGUACGCAGUUUACAAGGCUUUCUUAUGGAGAUCUUCUAAAAGCCACUGAUGUUUUCUCGGAGGCUAAUUUGAUUGGUUCAGGAAGAUUUGGAUCUGUUUACAAAGGGAUUCUUGAAGAUGGACAGACAUUGAUUGCUGUGAAAGUUCUUAAUCUUGUCGUUAAAGGAGCGCUCAAGAGUUUCAUGGCAGAAUGUAAUGCACUGCGAGAUAUCAGACAUAGAAAUCUGUUGAAAUUGCUGAGUGUUUGUGAAAGCAUAGACUUCCAGGGCAAUGAUUUUAGAUCAUUGAUAUAUGAUUUUAAAGCAAAUGGCAGUUUAGACAGAUGGUUGUACCAUCAUGCGGAGCAAGAAGGACUUAGGCGCCUCAGUUUGAUUCAAAGACUUGAUAUUGCCAUUGAUGUUGCUCAUGCACUUGAGUAUCUACACUUUGGUACUGAUUCAACUAUUGUUCAUGGUGAUUUAAAGCCGAGUAACAUUCUUUUGGAUCAUAAUAUGAUUGCUUAUGUGGGCGACUUUGGAUUAGCCAAGAUUGUUUCGGACAUGUUUCCAGCACAAGAAAGCAGCAGCUCAAUUGGGAUCAGAAGUACCAUCGGCUACAUUGCUCCAGAAUAUGGCACGAGUAACUUGGUUUCAACGCAAGGGGAUGUGUAUAGUUAUGGGGUCCUUCUUCUGGAGAUAUUUACGAAUAGAAGACCAACAGAUGAUUCAUUCAAGAAAUACGCAAUUCUUCAAGGAUUCGUUAGUGUUGCCUUGUCAAAUAGUGUAUUGGAAAUUAUCGAUCCUCUCCUUCAAAUAGAAAAUGAUAAAAAUAUCAAUAAGAUCACAGAUUGCGUGGUUUCUGUAUUGAGCAUUGGAGUGGCUUGCUCAAAGGAAUUGCCAAGAGAUCGAAUGUCGAUGAAAGAUGUUGUUCGUGAGUUGCAUAAGAUAAAAGAUUGCUAUCUCACUACAAAUCGGAGCUAAUAAUCUUUCUUAACAAAAAUGUGUAAAUAUGUAUUUUCUUGUAUUUUAUUUCCUUAGUUUUGCUUCGAUUGAAAGUGUAUUGAUGUUAAUUUGGUUACAUGCUAAAUAAAACGACAA